AUGAUUUCUCUCACAGAAUUAUCUCAACUGAACAUUCCCCCAGAGGUCCUGGCGGAAGUUCAAAAAUAUGCAACUCCAACCGGCAUCGCAGAUUAUGCCGCUUUGGCAAUCAUUGCCGGCGUCUCUGCCACAUUUAUGUCCCGCGGUAUUCUCUGGGAUAAGCCUGACCCAUAUUACUAUCUCAACUUUGAACGACCUCAAUUGAAAAAUGGGGGACAAUCUGGAGCGAAUGCCAAUAAAGAAACUCGAAACAUCGCCCAGAAGCUCGAGGAAUCAGGGAAGAACAUUGUUGUCUUCUGGGGAUCACAAUCUGGUACUGCAGAGGGAUUCGCCUAUCGCCUUGCUAGAGAGAUCUCUGUUCGAUGGGGUCAAGAAACUAUGACUGCGGACCUGUCAGAUUAUGAUUCAGUCACUAUCUCUGAGAUCCCGAGUACCAAAAUGGCCAUUUUCAUUGUCUCGACAUAUGGUGAAGGUGAUCCCAGUGACAACACAGCUGAGUUCUGGAACUGGAUUACCAAAGUUGGCGACGUUUCCUUGUCCAAUCUUCAGUAUACUGCCUUUGGACUGGGAAACACAAAUUAUAAAUUCUACAACCGAGUUGUGGACGUGAUUGUCGAAGGAUUGGAGAAAUUCGGAGCUAAGGCUCUGAUGCCAGUUGGCAGGGCCAACGAUGCUGAGGGUGCUACCGAGGAAGACUUUAUGGCAUGGAAGGACUCCUUAUUUGCUGUUUUCAAAGAAAAACUGGGCUUCCAAGAGGUCGAAGCUAAAUAUGUACCUACCUUGAAGGUCGAGGAGGAUGAAUCUUUGGAGCCGAUCGACCUGCACCAUGGAGAACCGAACAGCCAGGUGGAUUCUCCCAAGGGAGCAGCUCAGUCCUCGCCUGUUCGCACACUCAGCAUCACAAACUCACGAGAACUAUUCACCUCGUCCGAUCAAAACUGUCUUCACAUGGAUGUGGAUCUCAGCAAUCAACCCGAGCUGACAUAUAAGACCGGUGACCAUCUUGCCGUUUGGCCUACCAACCCGGACUCGGAAGUUGAGCGUCUCUUGGAAGUCCUGGGUAUUUUCUCUCGCCGCGAUAUCCCACUCAUCAUUAGAGCCGUCGAUCCUGCGACAAAGAUCACAAUUCCAACUCCGACAAAUUCCAUCGCUCUUUUCCGUUGGUACCUUGAGAUCUGUGCCCCUGUCAACAGAGAUAAUGUCCGCGACCUUGCACAGUUUGCUCCUACACCCGAAGCAAAGACCUACCUGACACAGCUUGGUCAGGAUCAAGAUGCAUAUGCAAACUUUACUAAUCGCAACAACCUCAACUUCGGUCGUCUUCUACAGAUGGCAUGCCCAGGUCAGACCUGGAACAUCCCAUUAUCCUACCUCGUCGAAACUUUACCACACAUCCGCCCUCGCUACUACUCUAUCUCCUCCAGUAGCGUAGUCUCGCCUCGCAAGCCAUCUAUCACGGCUAUAGUAUCUACUACACCUCUUCCGGAUAACCCGAACGAGCUAGUCCACGGCGUUACAUCCAACUACCUCCUUGCUAUCUCUCAAAAUGCCCAAUCCCAGCAUCAUCCGCACGGGAUCACAUACCACCUCAAUGGACCAAGCGACGCACUAGAAGGUGGUAAAGUGUUCGCUCAUAUCCGUCGCAGCAAGUUCAAAUUACCGAUCACAAGCAAGACACCACUUAUCAUGGUAGCCGCAGGAACAGGACUAGCACCUUUCCGAGCCUUCCUAUCCGAACGCUGUCAAGUACAGAAGAUCGGAAAGGAGGUUGGCCAGAUGAUUCUAUUCUUCGGAUGUCGGAAUCCUGAAGACGAUUUCAUUUACCGAGACGAGCUUGAGGAAAUGCAAAAGACUCUCGGAGAUAAGCUACAUCUUGUUACUGCAUUCUCUCGAAAAGAGGGAACACCACGUCAAUAUGUACAGGAUCGGGUCUCUGAGCUUGGUGAUGAGGUUGUUAGUCUUAUUGAUGAGGGCGCAAGCUUCUAUAUCUGUGGUAGAGCGGGUAUGGCACGUGAGGUUGAGAAGGCUGUUGGUACUACAAUGAGACGAAUUAAGGGAUGGUCUGAGGAUGAGGUGAAUAACUGGAGUAAGGUAGUGAAGAAGAAGAAUAAGUGGCAAGAGGAUGUUUGGGGAUAG